AUGUCUUCAAUUAAUGAAAUCUCUGAAGUCUAUGCGCUAGUACCACAUGUCAAACAGACAAAGGCAACAUGGGCAGAACUUGUAAAAAGGGAAGUAAAGAAUGGUAAAUUAAAAGUUGCUGCAUGCGCAGUCUACUCAAAAAAAGAAGAGAAUAAUGUGCAACCAAAUGCUCAAUGCAUCUGUGGUCGUAUAGCUCGGGAACAUAGUUUCAAUGGUGAUCCAAAAAUAAAAUUUAGAGGAGCUCAAAAGUGGUUGCCAAAACUUACAAUUGAAACAGAUGUGACCCACUAUGGACAAUCAAAAAGUGGUGCUCGAUUUAUUCGAUGCGAUGUAGAAAAAAAUACAUUUGAAACACUUUUUCAAAUUAUUUGCGAUGAUGUAGUUAAUAAACCUAAAUUGAUCGUUAGUUGUUAUGGUGGAGCACAGUAUUUUAGUAUGACUGACAUUCUAGAAAGAGAAUUUAUGAAUGGAAUAGGUCAAGUAGCAACCACAAAAGAUGUAUGGAUACUAACAACUGGCUUAAAUAGUGGUGUAUCUCACCUAAUUGGUCAAGGUAUCCAUCGCAAUACAUUGUUAAAUGAAAACACAUGGAAACCAAUUGUUAUUGGAAUGAGUCAUUGGGGUACAAUAUCCAAAUCGACACGAGAAGCUCUCAAGCAACAGGCACCAUCAAAUCGAUCAACAGAUUCUCAACAUACACUGACAUUUUGUAGUGAAAAUGAAAGAAAUUCACUUGAUAAACAUCAUACUCAUUUUCUAUUACUUGAUGAUGGUCGUCUCAAUCAUUAUCUCGGUGAUGAUCCUCGUUCUAAAUUUGUUAAAACAAUAUGCAAUCAAACAAAGUGUUAUGCCGUAACGAUCAUUGUAGAAGGUGGUUGGAAUACACUUGAAGUAAUUCAACAUGAUUUAGAUGCUGAAAGACCAGUAGUAAUUAUUCAUGGAAGUGGUCGCUUAGCUAAUGUUCUUGGUAAUCUACUUGAAAAAAUUAGAAAAAUAGAUACCGUUACGAAAAACGAUGUGAAAAAAGAACUUGAUCUUUGCUCUUCACUCUAUUGUUUUGAUCAAGCAAACGAAGAACAAGACAUUGAAAUGAUUCAAAAAGUACUUGCACCUAAAUAUCGACGUUAUUUGAGUGUAUUUAAACUUGAUCGUGAUGUUAGCCUCACUAAUACCAUAUUUCGAGCAGUCCUUGAUACUCAAAAUGAUAAAGAAGAUUACAAAGAAUUACUAGAGUUAGCUGUUACUUGGAAUUGUUUAGAUGGAGCAAUAGAUAUAUUCGAAAGAAUUAAAUCAUCAAAAGUUGGUUCUUCAAAUGUUAACAUACAAGAUGGAGUUCGAAAAUACUAUCCUAAUUUAUUUGAAAAAGCACUAAAGGAAAAUCGUCCAUUAUUUGUUGACUAUUUCUUGCGUCAAUAUUAUAGUCCACUCGAAACAACUGCAUUUGUCAACUAUAGAGAUAAAGAAGAGUCUAAUUCCACGACAAUAUCAUCAGAAAAUUACGAUUUUGAAGAAAAAAAUUGUGUCAGAUAUGCACUUGAGUUUAUUGUAGAAAUUCUUUACAAAAAUAAUGAUAAAGAAUCUAUUUUAACACAUCCUGUUCCACGAUCAUUGUUAGAACUCGAUGAUUUAUAUUUUAAGUUGAUUGGACCAUAUGCCAAAUCUUUUUAUCGACGAAAAAAACGCACACUCAAACGUUUCUGUGAAGGACUUUCCACAUUUUGUUAUCCUUCACCACGAACUGUACUAAAACUUAAUGGAGCCGAAUCAGAAACUGAAAUAUUACUUCAAAUAGUUAGUCAAAUUCCACUCCCAUCAGUCUACGAAUGUGAAAUGACAUAUGGUAAACAAGAAAUGCUGCGUGAUAUAUUUUUGUGGAGUGUCUAUAAAGGCUACAUUGACAUGGCAUUUGUUCUCUUGCUUCAAAUUAAGUCACGCAUUAGUGCAGCACUAGUUGCAGCUAGUAUGGCUCAUCGUUUAUCAUUAAUGAGUCAUAACUCAUAUCUACGGAGCAUAUACAUGGAACAUCGAACAGCCUUAGAAGAAUAUGCUACAGCAUGUAUUGAUAUAUGUUAUAAGCAUAAUGAAAGAGUUGCUUGUGAAUUGAUCUCACGUGAAAUUCCUCUCUUUGGAAAUAUAACAUGCAUGCAAGCAGCUAUUGCAUCAGAUAACAUUCCUUUCGUCAAUACAGAAUGUUUCGAUCAAUUUCUCCAUCAACAAUGGUAUGGCCAUUUAGAUAGUGCUUCGAUUAAAACAAUAUGGGAAAUAUUGAACUAUCAAAUGCUAUUUCAUAUGAAGUCUUCAAAAGAUUCAAUUCAUUGGAGUGAAAUCUAUGUAAUUAUUACCAUUUCAGAAGCUCUUAUCGAAGAUAUAAGAAGGAUCAUUGUUGAAUUUCAUACAUUAAUGCUAGAACGAUGGCAGAAAGGAGGUGUAUUUACAUGGAUUAUUAAUAUGACACCUUACCUUUUAUUUUAUAUUGGUAUUGGACUUCACUUUGGUUCGAAAAUUUACCCGAAUUUAUUUACUGCAGCACGAAUUGUCUUGGCUAUCGAUCUUGAAUUAUGGUAUCUAUUUUCCUUACAAUUUGUCAGUGCUGUUGAAAUGUUAGGACCUAAACUAUUUAUGAUUCGCAACAUGAUGCGUGAUCUUAUUGGUAUUAUCUACAUCAUUUUUGUAUGUCUUACUGCCUAUGGUGUAGUUUCAAGUGUAUUAACUAAGAAUUCCAGUAUUCAAUUUACUGCACAUAAUUUAACAACAUCAAUCUUUUAUCAAUCUUAUUGGUUCUUAUAUUCAUUGGUUGACAAUGAGUUGAAAACUUUAGAUAGUAAUUUUAGACUUUAUGCAUAA